GCUAAUGAAAAAUAAAAAUAUCUCCCCUAGAGGUAGUACGAAAAUAGUAAUGAGUAGCGCUCACUACACUAAACAGUGCCAACAGCAACAUAACCUUAUAAAUCGUCUCCUCCGCGGAGCACGAAGUGCGCGUACUCCAACGAUGAUCCGCACUUAGGUCUUUCUCUGGGAAAUAUUCGCACAGAUGUCGCACGAAAUGGGAAAAAGAGUGAAAGAGAGGAGGUCGUAGAGGGAUACAGUUUUCGUUUUCUAUAAUAUCGAAUUUCGAUGUGGAGGUGGAGGACUAUUCGAAAGUGCUCGCUCCAUCCUCGUCUCACAAGUAUAUAUUCUUGUAAACAAAGAUGCCAGCCAUUUGAGUGACUAAUAUUAAAAGAUGGAAGCGAUGGAUAUAAGACUUACGAUUUAAAAAACCAAUCAUGGUUUUGUAUUUAUCAUACUGGGUGAUAAUUUAAGUUCCUGUGUGAUCAAUCGACUUAAGUAAGACAUAUAGAGCAUGGAGGUUAAUAAUGUCGUAGGCAGCAAGAGUUCCAUAUAUUUGGUGGUACCUUUUCGAAAAUUGUGUAUAGUCACGGUUUCCAUACCACUCACUACUUUGUUAUUUUGUUUUGUCACAGCCUACAUAUAUCAACAAGAUGACAUCCAUGAAACGCACUGUAGGGUAUAUAAUGUUCUUCCUUCGAUAUCAGCUAUUACUGGGGUAUCGCCUCAAAGAUACUUGUGGCGCGUGAGCAUUGCUCUUCAUAUUGGACCACGUCUACUAAUAGCCAGUGUUUAUUAUUCAUUUUAUCAUAAAAUUCUCAAGACCAUUGAGAACGUGCGUAAAAGAUUACAAGGAUCCAGGCUUUUGAAUCUUUGUUACUGGUUGAAUAUUUCAGAAGUCGCUGCUCUAUGCGGCGUCACCUAUAUUUCUAAUAAAGAAAAUUAUGCUGUGCACGAGAAAACCUUUAUAGUUUUCAUGAUAAGUUCUCUCACACACAUGCUGAUAGCUGUAAGAUUAGGUCGCUUAAUUACCCCAAAUGCACAAAGUCUGCAGUACAAACAAAUCCUUUUUGCAACAAGCAUGGUUAGCACCGUGGGCCUUAUAAUUUUCUUCUUGAAGCAUCGAUUAUUGUGCCACGAUCUGGCAUUUAGUUGGUUCUCUUUAUGCGAGUAUGUGAUAGCUUCAGCAAACAUGGCAUUUCAUGCUACUGUCAUAUUAGAUUUUCCUGUGGAUCAGCUCGUCGUAGGAAAUGGUUUAAACGCAAUUAAAGGAGAUUAAUAAAAGAACAAAAUUUUACAUACAUCAUCGUAUGAAAUUGCACACGAUAUCUGUCUUUAUGCAAUAUUCUACUUCUACUUUCAAAAUAUGUUGGAAUUUGAGAUUCUUUGUUACCAUUGACGGUAAAUACAAGAACUUUUCAAGACAGAAAUCACUGAAGAGCAAUUGUACCAUGCACAUACGCAGCAG